AUGACUUGGUCCCAAUCGGCGUUUCGAAAGAUCUCUCUUGAAUCAAGAACUACGCCUGUUAAUGUUGGUCCAGGCAGCUACAAUACAUCAACAAAUUUUUCUAAAAUUCGAACAGUUCGUAAGAUUUCUCAACCUCAAAGUAGAGAUUUUUACAAUAGACCUGAUCUAGUGACACCAGGACCAGGUGCAUACAACAUAGAACCGACUACAACGCAAUCUCGACCUGUCAGUUCUUUCUUUAAAUCAAGAGUUCGAAGAGACGUUUAUUCAGUUGAUUCAACAAAUCCAUCUCCUGCAGAAUACUCACGCCAACAGGAAUGGGGCAAGAAGCAGACAAUAUAUUCGCAAGUACAUCAUCCAAGACAAAGAAAAUAUCAACCUCACAUACCAGAUAACGCAAAUUAUCUUGAUGAACAAGGUAGAUUAGUUAGACGUAACGCACCGAAGCGAACGGAAGCAGAUAUUGGUCCAGGUACAUAUGAAACUGCCACACAAUCACAAAUUCGACCUUCAACAAUCAAUGCAAGCAAAAGAAACCACAAUAUCUUCAUGACUAAAAGAGCAAACACCCCUGCACCUGCCCAAUACUCUCCAGCUGAUGUAAACUAUAAAAUUCCGAUUAAAAUCAAAGGAGAAAAUAAAAGCAAUUCUAAAACCCCAGAAAUCAAUCAAAGUAUCGGUCUCUACUUUACAACUAAAAUUCCGCGUUCUCAAUCCCCUAUUUUCCGUACAAAAGUUGCUCGAGAUUCAUAUACUUCAUUAUCAGAUACUCCUGGACCAGGAGCAUAUACUAUCAAUCAAGAACCACAACAUACUCUUCAAAAAACAGAUCUUGGUGAACGAGAAGUCGUAUUUGGUUCUACUUCCGUCAGAUUUGACAAUCCAAGCACAGAUGUACCAGGACCAGGCGCAUAUACCCCUCAGAAUAUUAAACCUAAGUCACGUGGCCCAGCAUCUGUCCUUCAAAAUCGUGCUCCUAACAAAGAAUUAUUUCCAGGCCAAGAAGGACCCUCUCCAGGCGACUACAAUAUACCAGAUCCUAACAAACAGAAACCUCAGAAGAGCCCUGCCUUCCAAAGCAAGGAAAUUCGAAUGGGUUCAGAUUCUAAUGAUGUACCAGGGCCAGGUGAGUAUGAUCUUGACUUCCCUGUUGAAGAAAGAGAAACAAGGAUAUUCGCUACGAGGUAUGACAACACUGGCGACUGGAUAAAGACAACAAUGACAGAUGCUCCUUCUCCAGAAGGAUAUACGAUCAACAGGGACAUGAAAGGACCGAGAUACUCUAUCUCAAGGUCGGAUCGAUUCAGGAAAAACUCAAAGAAAACAGGACUUGGUCCUGGUCAAUACAAUCUUGACACUCCUUUCCUCAAACAGUCAUUUAACUCUGCUGUUCCAAAGUUAUAUUAA